AUGUGGGCACAGUGUGGGCGCAGGCUGGACCCUGAGGGUGCCAGGCCACAGCCCCUGGAGGGUUUUAUCCCCGAGCAGGAGUGGGUGGGUGGCAAUGCCACCCAAAAUGUCACCCGUGGCCCACGCAAUCGGGGCCUACGCACGGGCACAUCGACGCAGGAGGGCCCCCAUGGUGUGAACCAGCUGGGAGGUCUCUUUGUCAACGGGUGCCCCCUCCCCACCUGCAAGAGGAAGAAGAUCAUCGAGCUGGCAGCCUGUGGCGUGAGGACCUCCGACAUCUCCCGCAGCCUCAAGGUCUCCAACGGCUGUGUCAGCAAGAUCCUGAGUCACUACUACAGAACAGGGGCUGUGGAGCCCAGGGCUGCUGGUGGCAGCAGGCCCAGGAUGGUGACCCCUGAGGUGGUGGCCAGGAUCACCCAGCUGAAGGUGGAGCAACCUUCCCUCUUCGCCUGGGAGAUCCAACAGCAGCUGCAUGCUGAGGGCAUCUGCAGCAGCAACAGGACCCCCAGCGUCUCCUCCAUCAACCGGGUGCUGAGGAACCUGCCCAGCGACCUUCAGCUGGCAGCCAAGAGGGUGUCCCCUCUCACUGUCCCCUCCAUCCCACCCCCCCCAGGAUGCCACUCCCCCACCACAACCAGUGCCACCAUCUCCUUGGGCACCCAGCACCCCGCUGCACGGUCCGGGCCCAGCCAGCGGCUCCUGUUGGGCACCCAGCAGAGGACCAGGACAAUCUUCUCCAGCCAGCAGUCAGAAGCUCUGGAGAAAGAAUUCCAGAGGGGCCAGUACCCAGACACUGUCACCAGGGAGAGACUGGCAGAGCUCACCCAGCUCCCCGACGCCACCAUCAGGGUCUGGUUCUCAAACCGAAGAGCCAAGUGGAGACGCCAGGCCAGGCAGAAGCUGGAGGCUGCUGGUGGGGCAGCAUCCCCACGGGUGAUCCAUGAGAUCCUGCUGGUCCCAAAGCAUCCCUACUGA